AUGGACACAACGAUGCGCAGGGUGUGCUCGCGGUGGCAGCUGCUGGAGCACUGGCGGUACCUGCGAGGUCUCGGCGAGCGCGCUGCUGCGCCUCGUGACUGGCAACCGGGCCGAAACCAGUUCAGGUACCUCAUUCGGGGACAGUCGCCUAAUCAUUUUAGUCCAAAUCGGGUAUACUGCACAAAACAAGCGGGAAACUCGGAGAAUCAUCUGCGACGGAUAACCAUACGCGACAUUCAGAGAAUGCAUGAGGAGCGCGUCCCUAUCUGCAUGGUGACGGCAUACAGCUAUCCACAGGCACUGCAUGCGGAUCUCGCGGCGGUGGACAUCGUUCUGGUCGGUGACUCUUUAGCCAUGGUCGAACUGGGACAUGAUACGACUCAGUUUGUGACCCUGGACGACAUGCUGCACCACUGUCGAGCGGUUGCGCGAGGAUGCCGACGGGCGCUUCUCCUCGCGGAUAUGCCUUUUGGAACCUGUGAGACGUCCACUGCGGAUGCACUCCGCAACGUUACCAGAAUGAUUCAAGAAGGACACGCGCACGGGGUAAAAAUAGAAGGAGGUAAGCGCAUGGCACCCGUCAUUGAGGCCUGUGUGCAUUCACUAGGUGUUGCGGUAAUGGGUCACGUUGGGCUGCGGCCGCAGAGCUACAGCGCUCGGGGUGGAUUUCGAGCCUUUGGUACGAACGCUAGCGAAGCAGCGGAGCUUCUGGAAGAUGCACUGGCAUUGCAGGAAGCAGGCGCUUUUGCCCUGGUGCUGGAGUGCGUGCCUGCGCGUCUCGCGACUGCAGUAACAACGGCGUUGCGUAUUCCAACCAUUGGCAUUGGCGCAGGUGGCGGUACCAGUGGCCAAGUUUUGGUGUAUCAUGAUUUAUGUGGGAUGAUGACCCACCCACAUCAUGCCAAAGUAACGCCCAAGUUUUGCAAACGCUUCGCGGAAGCUGGUGCGGAGAUUCAUCGUGGGUUAGUCGACUAUCGAACAGCGGUGAAGCAGCGUCGUUUUCCAACUGCUUCGUACGCGCCUUAUCAGCUUCCUGAUGCAGAAUGGGAGCGUUUCGGACGAUUAUUUGAGCAACUCACAGGGCAGGGUCUGCAGUCGAUAAGUGCGCCGGAAGAUGCACAGACGGAGCGGCUUGACCCGAAGCAUCCGUUAAGCAAAGAUACCUCCACAGACGAAACAGAAUAUCUCUAUCGUAGCUGA